AUGGCUCUUCAACUACUAGAGCUACCAAUUCAGGUGUCCCUCAAGGGAUACGCAGCUGGUGGAUGGUGGGAUAACACAGGCGCUCCGUCAAACUACCUUUGCCUUCCAGAACAUCCCGCCUCGAGUGGAAAAACAUAUUCCAGCUCUUAUGUAAAUUACAUAUAUGGCGUGGAAUACGAAACCGACUUUUGGAAAGUCCAUUCACAUGAUGAAGAUGCACCUUGCGCUGUAUGUGCAAGUUUAUCUGGAUCAAAAAUGAUGAUGAUUCCGGGACGUAAUAAGUGUUAUUCAGGCUGGACAAUGCAGUAUCAUGGAUAUCUCGGAGCAUCACGUUAUAAUCAUAAGCAAAACACGGAAUAUGUCUGCGUUGACCAUGAUCCCGAUUUUUUAAAUGGUGGUGAAAGGCAAACAGACGGUGCUCUGUUCUACCCUGUUCUUUUUCAGUGUGGUGCCUUACAGUGUCCACCAUAUGUCAACAAUCAAGCUGUGGACUGCGUUGUCUGCACAAAAUAAUGAUCAUUUGAUCAUUUGAGAAAAAUAAAUUGAUGUAUGAAAAGUGAG